AUGAGACUGAGGCUUAGGGAUGGUGAUGCUGCAGCAAUGAUCAACUACUUAGAUAAAAUGACCAAGGAUAACCAAAACUUUUUCCAUCUGCACCGGUUAGAUAAAGGAGGAAAGUUGCAGGACGUAAUGUGGGUGGAUGCUCGUAGCAGAGCGGCGUAUCAGUAUUUUGGUGAUGUUGUAUGUUUUGACUCGACCUACUUGACAAACAAGUAUGAGUUGCCGUUCUCGAACUUUGUGGGGGUAAAUCAUCAUGAGCAAACUAUAUUGUUAGGAUGUGCGUUAUUGUCCCAUGAAAAUGCAGAGACCUUUGUGUGGUUGUUUAGGGCUUGGUUGUCAUGUAUGGGAGGAAAAGCUCCAGCCGCAAUGAUGACUGACCAAGAUGCUGCAAUGAGGAAGGCAAUUCGAAUAGCGAUGCCAAUGCCACAUACCCGACAUCGGUGGUGCAUGUGGCACAUUAUGCAGAAGUUCAGCGGAAACUUGAAUGUAAUCUACAACAAUUUAUCACCAGAAGAGUUCGAGGAAGGUUGGGCUGAAGCAAUUAAAAAAUAUAAGCUGGACACAAACAAGGACACAAAGCAAAGCUAUAAGUGGCUUCAAGUUCUGUACAAGCAGAGAGAUAUCUGGAUACCGGUGUAUGUCAAACAUAUAUUUUGGGCAGGGAUGCAGACGACUCAGCGGGUUGAAAGCAUAAAUAGUUUUUUCGACGGGUACCUGAAGAAGAACACGAGAUUGUAUCAGUUUGCUCCUAGAUAUUGCAAGGCCAUGGAGAGUAGGGCGAAUGAUGAAAGAGCUGCGGAUGUGAAUUGUAUCCGUUUUACAAGGCCUUUGGUUGGGGAGUUUGCGUAUGAGAGAAAAUGUCAGAAAGUAUAUACGGAUGCGAAGUUUGUUGAAGUUCAGGUCCAGUGCACGCGGGUAUGUUAUGUGACCCCUGUUAGUAAAAAAGACAUUUCUGAUGUAGAGGUAGAGCCUCCGAUAGAGUGUGGAUAUGGUCGAAGUUUUUAA